AUGGUCACUGGCCUCCGAGUGGACAAGAAAGGAGGCCGUGUGGAAAAUGCAGCGGGGGGGCACUACUGCUCUUCGGGUCCCUCAGUCACCCUAAGGCUCCUGAGUUUGGGAGGAGCGUCCGAGGAGCUGCGGGGCGAUAAGCCCCGGGAGGCCCGGGCAGCGUUGGGAGGCGCUUGGCUUGUAUGGAGCGAAGGAGGAGCGAGAAGAGCGGGAGAGAGACAGGGAACCAGGAAGAUGCUCAAAAUGGCGCUGGGGUCGGGAGGCACGGAGGGGAGGGAAGAGACUGUGGCCGCCAUGACAGCCGCCUCAGGAUGCGCGCGGCCAGCCCCGGGACCGUCCCCGCACCCACCUUCACCUUUUUGGAUCAUCCCGAUGCCCGUGAAAACAGGGAGCCCGGAAGCCUCCUUUUUUGUUUUUGUAUUGUUUGAAAAAUCAGCCCAACGGAUGCUGAGGAUGCGAGACGGACAGAUAGUCCGCGAGGGGGUGGGAAUGGGAGAGGGGGAAUGGAGGAUCUUACUGGCUGGGUCUGCCUCGCCAAAUCUGACUUUUGAUCCUUCGCUCUGGGAUUUGAUGCCCGGCCAGAGCGUUCUCCAAAGGCAGACCUACCUGUCCUUGCCAACAACUUCAUUUGCAGUCUCAGCACUAUUUUCUAUCCCUCACCGCACCUUAGCAGGUUUCUUGCAAACCCAGUAA